AAAGAGGUGGCUGGCGACUGAUGCCGCUAGUAAUUCGAACGCAGUUGUCGCAACGACCCGACGCUAGAGUGUUCAACUAGACCCGCAAUCACGCCAGAGACUCCCUAGUGUUGACAUUUUUGGCUCGCGAACAUUGUGUAGAAGGUACUAAAGAUGACAGACCCAGACCACUCAAGCCUCCGUGAGAAGUUUGUAGCGGUCUUUCAAACAGUGCUGCCAUCUCUGGGUGGUGGUGGAAGUCUGGGUCUGCUACUGACAUCGCUAGAAGCAUGUCUGUCAAACGAUGCAGGGGUGUUUGUAUCCGCGCUGGUGGAGCCAUCUGGUGACCGGCGACCGUGUCAGGAGUUCACUGCCUGGGUGUUCUCGCAGCUGGUGGUGGUCCAUGGUGACCUCAGGACAGGAGAGGUCCGGCAGCGCGCCACGGCGUUUGCCCUGCGCCUGCUGCGCACACUGCACGCGCGGGACCCGCUCCUGCUGGCCGGCCCUGUGCUGGACGUGUGGAUCGCGACUCUGCGUCAGCUGACCGCCGACGGUGGCGUCACGCUGCGGCUGGUCGGUGAAACAUCGCUGCCGUCGGUUGUGAAGACGCUGCAGCCGGGUCUGGAAGUGAGCCGUUUCCGGUGCGGCGUGCUGGAGUUCGCGCUGGCGGACGAGGUGACGCAGCUGCUGGUGCUUACGGGCGCGCAGCUGGACGAGGUCGUCGCCUGCCUUACCCAGCUCGGUCGCACCGGUGCUUGCAGGUACGCGCUGCGUGCGGUGACCGGUCUGCUGGGCCGGCGUCUGACCUCUCCUCGGCACCAGCUGCUCCUCAGCCGCCUGGAGCGGCCCGCGCCGCCUCCUGUCCCGCCUCUCCCUGCAGUAGAAGCCGCGGCCGACUUCGCCGGGCUCCCCGCCGACCGCUGGCAGCGGGACGGCGCGGCGGCGGAGGUGAGGCACGAGACGCUGGCAUGA